UGCCGUCCGCGAUCUUGAUUUGUCGCCUCUUCUGGCGAAUCUUGGAUUGCUUUUGAGUCCGAUGGCCGCCGUCGGCGUCUUCUCCUACGCCCGCGAGAAGCUCUCCGAGAACUGUUCUCUGCUCUGUCCUGGCCUCUUCGAUCGCGCGAGUAGAUCUUCCUGUGGAUUGAAGGCGGUGAUAGUGCUGCUACAUAUAACGUUCGUAGGCGUUAUCUUCCUCUUCGAUGCCAAUUUGAUACGCAAGUCAAGGGAGGAGCCCUGGUAUAUCACAGUUUAUCUGAUGGUUUUUCUGGUUACUCUAGUUCAAUAUUUCUUUACAUCUGGCUCAUUCCCAGGAUACAUCAUUGAUGCAAUGAGGGUGAAAAAUGGCAGCAACACUACAUUUAUAAACUCACCAGCAAUUGUAGAACAGUCUAAUGCAAGAAAUGGGAACUUAGUUUCUUCCACAAGGAAUAAUCAGUUAGAAAGGCAAAAUUCCCGCUUGCCUUCAUUAUCAUGGGAAAAGCUAGUUAUGGAACUCUACCCUCCUGGAUCAGCCAUCAGGAACUGGACUUGCACUUACUGUAAUAUCAUUCAGCCUCCACGCUCAAAACACUGUCAUGAUUGUGAUAAAUGUGUCCUUCAAUUUGAUCAUCACUGCGUCUGGCUAGGAACUUGCAUUGGGCAAAGGAAUCACUGCCGGUUUUGGUGGUACAUUUUUGAAGAAACAAUCCUUUGCAUCUGGACUGUUGUAUUAUAUAUCACAUUCUUGCGCUCAAAACUCAUGAAGACAUGGUGGAAGGAUUUAAUUGCCAUAGUACUGUUAACUGCAUUGGUGUUUUCUCUCAUCUUUCUUCUUGUACUGCUCCUAUUCCACAGCUACCUAAUGAUAACAAAUCAAACUACUUAUGAAAUGGCGAGAAGGCGGCGCAUUUUGUACCUAAGGGGAAUCCCAAAGAAGGUUCAUCCAUUUAGCAGAGGCAUUUGCAAGAACCUGUAUACAUCUUGUUGCUCCAGGGACAGCAUGUACACUCUGGAAGCUGUCCCACCAAUGGAGGAAUUGGAAGCAAGAGCCAGACCUUACACUUGUGUGGACAUCAUUUCUUGCAAGUGUUGUUGAUGAAUUCUUGUUUGAUGUUUCUUUGGCCUGCACUUGCUGUAUCAAAUGCUGUAAUUCUCUCAUUUAUUAUUUCUUCUCCUUGUGUUUUUGAAACACUU